AGCACUACCUAUACAACCACCAGAGCGUAGCUACAAUUGCCAAGGACGACACGCGCGAGCAUGGGCAGCAAGGUGCGCGUCGUCUUCCUGCUUCCGCUGCUCGGCGUUGCGCUUGCUCUCGCCGGCGGCACCGUGGAGGCUGGGCUCGCCGGCACGGGGCCGUACGCCGCCGCGCUGCAGAUGAUGGCCCCCUCGACGACGACGUCGACGAUGGGCUUCGAAGUGCGCCGCCGUGUCCUCAGCAAUAUCAGCCCGUCCUCGCUCAAUCCUAACAGGGCAGCUUGCCUCCGUAGUUGCCCGGCCUCCGGCGGGGCCUACACCGGCCGCGGCUGCCAGAAGGUGUACCAGUGCUCCGGUUGAGCAUGCGCGUCUGUGCUUCCUCCUGCUCCGGCAACCUGAUCCUAUAUCUCUUAUUUUGUCUAUGUUUCUUUUAAUUUCUACUUUAGUAAGAGUCAAAGCAUGUGUACCAUUGCAGCAACAACAAAAUCAUAUGUACCAUUUGCUGAUUUGCAUCCAUGUAUCAUCACGCAUGGACUUACGCGCGUGUGAAAUUCAACUUUAAGGAAUUAGCUUUUGUCUUGA